AUGGGAGAUCUAUAUGCCUUAGAUUUCGACGGAGUUCUCUGUGAUAGCUGCGGUGAAAGCUCUCUUUCUGCUAUCAAGGCUGCUAAAGUGAGAUGGCCAGGUUUAUUCGAAACGGUGGAUUCAACUUUGGAGGACUGGAUUGUUGAUCAGAUGCACUUUUUGCGACCUGUGGUGGAAACUGGAUAUGAAAAUCUGUUGCUUGUGAGGUUGCUGCUGGAGUUGAGAAUCCCUUCCAUUCGGAAGACCUCGGUUGCAGAGGGACUGACAGUUGAUAGGAUAUUGGAGAACUGGUCAAAGCUAAAGCCUGUCAUUAUGGAAGAAUGGGUUGAGAAUAGAGAUGCUCUAAUAGAUCUCUUUGGAAAGGUCAGGGAUGAAUGGAUGGAUAAUGACUUGGCAACAUGGAUUGGAGCGAACAGAUUCUAUCCCGGUGUUCCUGAUGCUUUUAAAUUUGCAAGCUCAAGGAUAUAUAUAGUCACCACAAAACAGAGCCGGUUUGCAGAUGCUUUACUACAAGAGCUUGCGGGAGUGAAAAUCCCACCAGAGAGAAUAUAUGGUCUUGGAACCGGUCCCAAGGUGGAAGUGCUGAAGCAACUUCAAAGGAGACCAGAACACCAGGGGCUGAAACUACACUUUGUGGAAGAUCGACUUGCAACCCUAAAGAAUGUUAUUAAAGAGCCUGAAUUAGAUGGGUGGAACUUGUACUUAGGGGAUUGGGGAUACAACACUCAGAAAGAGAGAGAGGAAGCAGCUAGCAUUCCCAGGAUUAACAUUCUCCAGCUCGCUGACUUCAGUAAAAAGCUCAAGUAA